AUGGAGAACAAAUUAAAAGAGAGCCGCAAAAGUAACCGGAAGAGAGGUAGUAGGAAGGAGGAAAAACGCGAGUUUCGGAGAAUGAAGGAUUUGAAGAACGAAGAGAUCUCAGCUUGGCCGCAAUUUCCUGUCGCCGAUAUGGAAAAUGCCGUCGGCAUUGUGGAACAGGAAAUUUCCUUGGAUCCGGAAAAUUUGGACAACGGAAGUGAGAAGAGUAAGCCGUCGCUCAUGUGCCCCUCCUUACGUCGACAAUUACAAACGCAUAAGAACGUCCUUCGAUUGUUGCACGAGUACAAGCUGGCUUCCACGCAGAUCAACGGACAAAGGAUCCUUAGUAUCCAACCGAUCCGUUGGAACGGACCAACCCCUGGUAUAGAGUGUGAGAUCUUCGUAGGCCGAAUUCCGAAGACGAUCUACGAGGACACUUUGUAUCCGCUGUUCAAGAUGGUCGGCGAGGUCUUUCAGAUCCGGCUGAUGGUCGACAUGGCCGAACUGACGAGAGGUUAUUGUUUCAUUAUGUACACAAAUCCGGAGGAUGCGGCGCGCGCCAUUAUCCAGCUGGACCAGUACGAGAUUUUACCGGGCAGGAAAAUACGUGUUCUGGCGAGCGUAAACAAAUGCAAGCUUUACAUUGGUCCUCUACCGUGGCAUAUUGAAUCAGAAGAAGUCGUCAGGGUAAUUUAUGCAUCAGCAUGGGACAUCGAGUACGUAUCUAUUUAUCGAUUUCCGAAUCACGACGCGGCUUAUGCUAUAGUUUCCUUCAAAUCUCAUCGCAACGCAGCUUUAGCGAGACGAAAAUUGAGACCUGAAAGACUUUUCAAAUGCAACGAAGUCCACGUCGAAUGGGCGCGUGUAGAUUGGAAUCCUUCUAAUGUGGUAAGCGGGAAAUUAUAA